UACAAACUUCCGCUUUCACCCUCCAGAAUCUCGUCGUCAACCAACAUCUCUCGUGGCUCAAAAUGAUCCUCGGUGGAGCUCAGGUCAUACUGCGAAACCUGAUUCAGAAUAUCCGUCACGCAACUCAGCAGCAGCCAUGUGGCGUUGACCUCACACUACGCUUGGUCCACAGCUGGGAAUCUUCUGCUACGAUCGAUUUCAGUAAUGCUAGACGCGAAGCAGCUAAGACUUCUAAUCUCCCUUUCAAUAAUGGCGAAGCAAUUUUUCUGAAGCCAGGCACCUACCUGGUCGACUUCAAUGAGACGGUAUCCAUUCCACGGAACUACAUGGCUACGAUCUUCUCUAGGUCAUCUCUGUGGAGGUCUGGUGCUAAGGUCCAUGCCGGUGUAGUUGAUGCGGGCUAUCAAGGCGCAAUGGGGGCCAUGUUAGAAGUCAAAAACACUCACGGUAUUACGCUCUACAAGGAUGCGAAACUAGCACAGAUCGUGUUCCAGGAAUUGGGAGAAUAUGUGGAAGGAUACUCUGGAAUAUAUCAAUCCUCUACAAGUAGUGUCGGCCGCAGUGGGACGGGGAAUCCACACUCCAAGUGAGGACGAGCUGUGUUGUCAGCCAACAUGAACGCUGAAAUCGAUAGGCACUCGUAUCCACGCUGCUCAAGUCGUAUCUUCUGUAAAAUUUUCACCCAUAAUCUUAGUGAAAUGUGUCUCUCUAUCUACUAUACACAAG